CAUUUGCAUAGACAAGUGUGGUCCUUGGUAAAACAACGUACUUUAAACUCUAACAAAUAUAAGCAAAAUGACGUCUAUGAAAUUUGCUUUCGUUUUGCUAGCCAUGACGGCAGUAGCCGUCGCUAAGCCUUCAUAUCCUUUUUCACUAAAUUCAGCUAUACCGGACCAUUUCGAUCUAUCUCCACCGGUGCUGCCACCAACACAUUUCCACCCAGCUCCUCCUGCUCCCGAACAAUGGUUACCUGAACCUCAUUUCCAUGCUGCUGCACCUGUACCUGAACCUUGGCUGCCUGCGCCUCAUCUAUUACCAGCACCUGCUCCAUUCCUUCCUGCUCCAACGCCAAUACUUCCAGCUCCUGCACCAAUACUACCAGCUCCAGCCGCAUUUCUGCCAGCUCCUACUCCAGUCCUUCCAGCACCCGCCUUUUUACCAGCUCCGGUAGUGCAUCAUCAUCACCAUGUGGUGCCCGCACCUCUGCCCGUACCAGUGCCAGUGUUGCAACCCGCGCUCGCCCCACCAGUGUUAGAGCCUGCAGCAUUUGUAGCUCCCUCAUACCGCGCCGUAUUUGGCCCCAAAACCACUACACACCACGUGUCAGUCGGUUAUGCUUUUCCCACAGCGCAUGUGGCUAAAAUAGUGGCGCCUCACGCUCAUCUUCAUUCCGUGCCUGUGCACUCGGCUAAAUUAUUGGCUCACCACCACCAUCACUCACUCUUCUAAUUUCCUUUGUUGUAAAGAAAAAGUGAUUAAUUAGAGACAAAAGGAAGUUGAUAUGUUGGCAUAGCAAAAGCGAAUAGCACCAAAGUCAUUUACGUACGUACCUUACAUCAGUAUGCCAGUAUGUAUAUAUCAUGGAGUUUAAGUUUUACUUUGACUCGAUUGUUAAUUUAUUUAACAUUUGUUAUUUUUAAUCUAUUUUAAUUUUGCGUAUUUAUAAUUUGUAGCAAUAAUUACCUUUGUAAUAAUUACACAACCC